AUGCAGGUUGACCCUUCAAGCAUGACGACUUGGCUGCUCUCUUUAGUGUAUGGCAACCCAAAUGCUCACCUUCGAAAAAAGCUUUUUUCGGAUCUUACAUCUGAUGCGUUCAAUCAAAAUAUCCCAUGGUUGGCAAUAGGUGACUUCAACUCAGUUCUAUGUCCAGAUGAGACCAGUAGCCCAGAAAAGUUCUCCAUGAGUCGCAGUACAGAGUUCAGAAAUUGGAUUUUUCGAGAGGGCCUAAUGGAUCUAGGCUAUACCGGCUCCAAAUUCACUUGGAUGCGCGGAGCUAAUACCUCGGCAUUCAAAGGUGCUUGGCUUGAUAGGGCUCUUGGAAAUGUGGAAUGGAAGUUCAAUUUCCCAAACUCAUGCGUACAACAUUUGCCAAUGAUUGCUUUAGACCACACUCCAAUUAUGGUCAAAUUUGAGUCCCAUUCACCAAUACAGUCUCUAGCAGAUUGGAAUAAGAGCACCUUUGGUAAUGUUUUUCUGAGGAAAAAAAGGUUGAUGGCUAGGAUAAGUGGGGUGCAAAGAGCCAUGGCAGUGAAACCAAAUGCUAAUCUGCUUAAAUUAGAUAGGAAGCUGCGGGCACAAUUCGAAGAUGCCUUAUACCAGGAAGAGCUCAUAUGGUUCCAACGUUCGAGGGAAGAAUGGCUAGAAUCAGGAGAUCAUGACAAUGUUAUUACCCCUUCUAAUGUACAUGGCUGUUUCCCAGAACUAAGUGAAGAAGAGUGCGCAAAGAUCAAUGCUCCAUUCAAUCCCGAAGAUGUCAAACUUGCUAUGUUUGAGAUGGCACCAACCAAGGCUCCGAGCCCAGAUGGAUUUACGGCAGGCUUCUACCAACUUACAUGGAAUAUCACUGGUAUCUGUUUAACUAAUUUUGCUCUGAAUUCUUUGCAGAUGACUAGCUUCGUUCUGAAGAGGCAAAUUACCGACAACAUCAUUGUCUAUCAAGAACUCCUCAAUUCAAUGAACAAUAAGAGAGGUACAGGGGGAUGGAUGAUGUUUAAAGUUGACCUUGAGAAGGCCUAUGAUAGGUUAGCAUGGAGUUUCAUAGAAGACACCCUUCAGGAGAUUGGUUUUAAUACUCAGUGGAGGAGGAACAUCAUGACAUGUGUGACCACGCCAAGACUAGCUAUCAACUGUAAUGGAGUGCACUCCGAUUGGUUCCAUCCAGCAAGAGGAAUUCGUCAGGGAGAUCUCAUAUCACCUCUUCUGUUUGCAUUGUGUUUAGAAAGGCUAAGUCAUGCCAUUAAUGUUUUGGUGAAUACAGGUCGCUGGAAAGGCAUUAAGGCAUCUCGGGAAGGUCCUCUCGUCUCCCACCUUUUCUUUGCCGAUGACAUGAUACUCUUCAAGGAAGCUACGGUUGAUCAAGCAUUGGAAAUGAAGGAUUGCCUAAGCUCUUUCUACACCAGCUCUGGACAGAAAAUGAAUUUUCAUAAGUCAACAAUUUUCUUCUCCAAAAAUACUCCAAUAGCCCUCCAGGAGUCCAUUUCUAGUCUUGUUGGCAUUCCAAAGGUUGAGGAUCCUGGCAAAUAUUUGGGGGUGCCAUCGGUCCAUGGAAAACUAAAGAAGCAAGCCUUCUCAGGGAUCCUUGAAAGAGUUCAAAACAAGCUAGCAGGUUGGAGAUCAAGAACUCUAUCCCUAGCCGGCAGACAAGUUCUAGCCCAAUCUGUCCUUUCUACCAUUUCGUAUUAUUCAAUGCAGACGAUGCCCACACCAGCGGGAAUAAUUGACUCAAUUGAGAAACAAAUCCGUGGUUUCUUGUGGGGCAGUUCGGAAGGCUCUAAAAAGAUCCACUUGGUCAGCUGGGAUGUUGUCACCCAAAACAAAUUGAGAGGUGGUCUUGGCAUUCGUAAACUGAAGGAGAUGAAUCAAGCUUUUCUGGCAAAACUUGGAUGGAGGAUGCUUCAUGAAAAGGACAGCCUGUGGGUUCAGUUAUUAAGGACGAAGUAUGCAGCCACCAGCGAUGAUGUUUCUCUGUGGCAGCUGAGAAGAAAUAUGUCGCAAACUUGGAGAGGUCUUCUAAAGUCCAGGCACAUCCUAGAAGGUGGUAUUAAGAAAGUGGUUCACAACGGAAAUAACACUCUUUUCUGGAUUGACAAAUGGUUGGUAAAUGCUCCACUCAGGCAAUGGUUAUCUGAACCAAUCCCCCUCCCUGAUCUCUACAGAAAUGUUUCUAGCUAUUGUGACCUUGAUGUUGGAUGGCUUAUAAAUCAGCUUAUCAAUUUGCUUCCAGAAGAAAUUCUAGACAAGUUGGCGGCAGUAAUACUAACCAGUGACCUUGAGGAUAUCGAUUCACUAGCCUGGAUGCAUAAAUCUUCUGGCGAGUUCUCCAUUAAGUCUGCCUAUGAUGCAGCCUUGAGAUCUCCUACCAUGUCUGAUGAUGUUAAGUGGAAAAGUAUUUGGAAGCUUAAAGUUCCAAAUAGGAUCUGCACUUUCAUCUGGCUCGUGAAACACGAAAAAAUCCUGACCAACAGUAAUAGAUGCAAGAGGGGUCCCUCUGAGUGUGAUAAAUGUGCUCGCUGUUUAACCGCAAUCGAAGACACACAACAUGUACUUCGUGACUGCCCAGCAGCUAAGGAAGUACUGGAACUUGUCCUCCCUUGCUUAUCAUCGGCUGCCAAUCUACCAUUUGAAGACUGGUUACAUUUAGGAAUCAAAGGAAGAGGAGGCAGCAAGCAUCCAUCCAAUGAGGCUACCUUAUUUGCAACCACCUUAUGA